AUGGCCGACCACGCAUGUAGCCAUCUCGUCGAGGCGAUGAACAACAAGGGCUGGGAUUACAACAAGGUUGCUACCGAGCUCGGUCUUUCUGAAGAACAUAUUAAGGAUGUCUUCACUGGCAAGACUAAGCCUACUCCAGUCGAGUUUAACGCUAUCCUCAAAGUUCUUGGAAUCGAUGAACAGCCUCCCAAAGAUUCGUCGCACACUACCACUGCUAAAUCCUAA